UAACCAUAACUCUUACCUUAACCAUUUUACAUUUCAACUUCAAUGGGUAGGGACCAUUGCGUAAGAACGUCCCAAGGAUACCAGAUAGCACGGACCGAAGAAGAAGCAGCUCGCAGGGCGUGGUGGGAUAGGAGACUACUCAGUGGAGGACCGAGUACUGUGCCCCAGCUGGCUAGCUGCAGAGAAGAUGGCUGCAGUGUGGAUUUUCAGGCCAGUGUCUGAAAACACUGCACUGUUGGUAAUGUUUCACGACGGCUAGCCUUCGUGUCGCCCCGUUUAUUUAGUCGUUUUUUUUUUCAAGGAAUCGAAGGGGAUAAAACAUGGGGUCUCAAACUCUACAGAUCCUUAGGCAGGGGGUCUGGGCUUCAAUCACAGGCGGAUGGUACUAUGAUCCCCAUCAAAAUACAUUUGUCAAUGCUCUACACCUCUACCUCUGGCUAUUCCUACUAUGUUUCCCCUUCACGCUUUACAUGGCGCUCCCGCCCACCAUGGUGAUAGUAGGCAUCUACUGUGGUGUGAUAGCUGGUAUGUUCCUGCUGCUGAAGACUGUGAACUACCGGCUGCAUCAUGCCCUGGACGAGGGAGAGGUGGUGGAGCACCYGGCCAAGGAGAACGAGAGCAACAGAACCAGCAGUGAGGGGGCCAACGAGGGCAACGCCACGCGUCAGGAGGACAGUAAUGGACCAGGGGACCCUGGUGGAGGUCUAGAAUGACAGACCAUUCGAGACCGAGACUCCACCGGUAGACUGCAGCUCCAGAAACUCUUAUACAGGAUGGA